AUGCACUAUGAUAAAGCAACUCUCCACUUUAGUUAUGCCCAGUUUGAGGCUUCAGUUGGUAUGGAAGAUGAAGAGGUGGGUUGUGAGGCUCCGAAUACAUCAUUUUUAUGUGAAAGUAUGUAUGCCAAAUUGGAAAGAUCAUUAAGUGAGAUAGAGCAUGCUCAAGUAAUAUUUGAACUUACGGUCGCUCAACCUACAUUGAACAUACCAGAGCUAUUGUGCAAAGAUUGCAUUGACUAUGAGUAUGAGACUUCAGGGGAUGAAUACGAGAGAACAAGGCAAGUCUAUGAGGGGUUACUUGAUCGAACAAAGCACUUGAAGGUAUGGAUUAGUUAUGUGAAGUUUGAGGCUUCAGUUGGUAUGGAAGAUGAAGAGGUGGGUUGUGGGGCUCCGAAUACAUCAUUGUUAUAUAGAAGUAUGUAUGCCGAAUUGAAAAGAUCAUUAAGUGAGAUAGAGCGUGCUCGAGCAAUAUGUGAACUUACGGUCGCUCAACCUACAUUGGACAUGCCAGAGCUAUUGUGCAAGGCUUGCAUUGACUAUGAGUACGAGACAUCAGGGAGUGAAUACGAGAGAAUAAGACAAGUCUAUGAGAGGUUAUUUGAUCGAACAAAAUACUUGAAGGUAUGGAUUAGUUAUACCAAGUUUGAAGCUUCAAUUGGUAUGGAAGAUGAAGAGAUGGGUUGUGGGGCUUCGAAUGCAUCAUUGUUAUGUAGAAGUAUGUAUACCGAAUUGGAAAGAUCAUUAAGUGAGAUAGAGCAUGCUGGAGCAAUAUUUAAACUUACGAUCGCUCAACCUACAUUGGAUAUACCAAAGCUGUUGUGUAAGGCUUGCAUUGACUACGAGUACGAGACAUCAGGAGAGCGGUUGUGCAAGGCUUGCAUUGACUAUGAGUACGAGACAUCAGAGGGUGAAUACGAGAGAACAAGACAAGUCUAUGAGAGGUUAUUUGAUCGAACAAAGCACUUGAAGGUAUGGAUUAGUUAUGCCAAGCUUGAGGCUUCAGUUGGUAUGAAAGAUGAAGAGACCGAUACUUUAAUGUUACUAAGCAAUACUUUAUUGUGCUUUGAACAACUAUGCUGA